UUGGUCAUUCAUGCUCUUAUUUGACUUAUGUAUACCUCGUCUAUAAUAGUGAGCAAUAGUGAGCAACACGAUUCUCAACGAUUCUGUGUGCGGUCCGUGCGGUCUACUAACAAUAACCUUUACGUUCUAUAUUCUCCCAGUAUUUAAAAUCACAUGCUUGUUAAAAAAAACGACGGACGAAGAGAAUUAAAUUAUUACAUUCAUAUAAAAUUUAUAUCUAACAUCGUGACAACACAGUAUCGUAUGCGAUCACACGUGGAUCUAUAAGUAUUGUGAUUCUAUAGAUCAUACUGUUUGUUUUUCUCGACAGUCUUAUUAAAAAUUAAGAAGAAAAAUGGUCUUUCUAACUGCACAAUUAUUUGCGAGGAGCCGCGGUCCCGAUGAAUUUUGGCGAAAACGGCAAAUAUUUAAACUCGCUGCACGUUUUAUUGGGAGGAGAAGGAAUUGUUAUAGUUUGAGUAUUAGAGCUGUACACAGAGCGCUAUUAAAGACAACCAGAGGUAGACAACUAAAGAAAAUGGAUAUGAGAGAGCUUUGGGAAACUAGACUGGAUGCUGCCAGCAAUGAACAUGGUAUCAACAUGAAUAUACUAAGGGAAGGAUUAAAUAGAUGCAACAUUUUACUUGACCGUAAAACAUUAUCAACUUUGGCUGCUUGGGAACCGAGAACUUUUAAAUCUUUGUGCGACAUUGCUUGCGCAAAGGCAAUAAUGGGGGGCGUUAAAGGAGUUUCUAAGAAAUCUAUUCCUGAAACUGUUAUAGUCAAUGGAUUAGCCGAUGAAGUAGAUUGAACAAAUAAUAAAAUAAAUGAUAGAGCUUA